AUUUUAUACAUGUAUACUAAAAUGCAAAACCACGAUACGCGAUAUACUCUACGUAUACACAUAUGUAGGGACACUUGUAAGGUAGAUAAUUUGAAGCGUUUAUGCAGUACAAUCGUAGGCAUUGUCGGUUGCAGUCGUAGUGUUACAGUGACAGUGACUAUGUAAUUUUUACCAAAAAAUAAAUGAAGUGCGACACGUGCUACAGUUUUGUAAUCAUACGAAUGUUUGAAGUCAAUUUUCCAAAAAAAUGAACUCGAAGUCGUCUUUCAGCAAAGUGAUACGGAAUCUCUUCCAUAAACUUUUAAGCAGCCCAACAGAUACCGAAAAAGAGAAGCCUGAUAGAAUAGGCAAUCCUAACAUAGAGGCAGUCGCGUCUCAAGCUAGUCCAGUGCCAACACCACCUCCAGAUCCUAUUAGGCCUAUGCCACAAAUUCCAGACGCGGAUGUGCCAACUGCAAAAAUUUUUGUUGCUUUGUAUGACUAUGAUGCACGCACUGAUGAAGAUUUAAGCUUUAGAAAAGGUGAACAUCUAGAGAUUCUAAAUGAUACUCAAGGAGACUGGUGGUUAGCUAGGAGUAAAAGGACUCGACAAGAAGGCUAUAUUCCUAGCAAUUAUGUUGCAAAAUUAAAGUCAAUUGAAGCAGAACCAUGGUACUUUAGAAAGAUCAAACGAAUUGAGGCUGAGAAAAAGUUACUGCUACCUGAGAAUGAUCAUGGUGCAUUUUUAAUUAGAGAUUCUGAAAGUCGACACAAUGAUUAUUCUCUUUCAGUACGUGAUGGUGACACUGUUAAACACUAUCGCAUUAGACAAUUGGAUGAAGGUGGUUUCUUCAUUGCCAGGAGAACUACAUUCAGAAAUCUUCAAGAUCUUGUUGAACAUUACAGUAAAGAUGCUGAUGGACUUUGUGUAAAUCUCUGCAAACCGUGUGUACAGGUUGAGAAACCUGUUACCGAGGGUCUGAGCCAUCGUACACGGGAUCAAUGGGAGAUCGAUCGCUCGUCUCUGAAAUUCGUGAGGAAAUUGGGACAAGGCCAAUUCGGAGAAGUAUGGGAAGGAUCAUGGAACAAUACCACUGCGGUAGCAAUCAAAACGCUCAAGCCUGGAACUAUGGAUCCUAAAGACUUUUUAGCAGAAGCACAAAUCAUGAAGAAACUUCGACACGCAAAAUUAAUUCAGCUCUAUGCUGUGUGUACUUUGGAAGAACCUAUUUAUAUUAUCACUGAAUUGAUGAGGAAUGGCAGUUUACUAGAAUUUUUGCAAGGAAAGGGCAAAACAUUGAAUUUGCAACGACUGAUCGAUAUGGCUGCGCAAAUUGCAGCGGGUAUGGCAUAUCUCGAAUCGCAGAAUUACAUUCACAGAGAUUUAGCUGCACGUAACGUUUUGGUAGCAGAAUUGAAUGUCGUGAAGAUUGCGGACUUCGGUUUAGCUAGGUUGAUCAAAGAAGAUGAGUAUGAAGCUCGCGUUGGAGCCCGCUUCCCUAUUAAAUGGACUGCACCCGAAGCUGCAAAUUAUAGUAAAUUCAGUAUUAAGUCUGAUGUGUGGUCGUUCGGUAUUCUUCUUACUGAAUUGGUCACCUACGGCAGAAUACCAUACCCGGGUAUGACAAAUGCUGAAGUACUUCAUCAGGUAGAACAUGGUUACAGGAUGCCAUGUCCGCCUGGCUGUCCAACUGCAUUAUACGAUAUCAUGUUAGAAUGUUGGAAUAAAGACCCAAUGAAGAGGCCAACUUUCGAAACGCUUCAAUGGAAGCUCGAAGAUUUCUUUACCAUGGAAGGUUCUGAGUACAAGGAAGCAUCAGCGUAUUGAGGCAUUAAACUGAAAUACUGUCUUUUGUUAUAAUGUGCUUCGUCAUGAUACUGACAAGACACGAUAGGUAUUCUGUAUAUGUACAUGCAACGAGAAGAAUGCAGAUUAUUACAAUUAACAAUUUAUUCGGGACACGGAUGUUUGUGAUAUUUCAGAGAACAGUUUGUAUUAAACGGUGAUCGUCUUUUAACGAAAGACGACAACGUUUAUUUUUUUAGCGAUUAAACGGAUUGCUUUCGUUACGUGUUCUGGCGGCUGCCAUGAGAUAUUAGAGCAAGUUUGUCAAUUCACGAAUAAUUAUACAAGAAUUAAGAUCAAUACUUGGUUGACUUUCAAAAAAAUUAGCGGCAACAGUUUAAUUUAUUUUAGAAUACACUUCUGAACGUGUAAAUGCCGGAUAUUAAUAUAAUAGUCCCUUUAGGCAAUAUUUGUGGAAGUUGACAUUUUUAAAGUAGAAAUUUGUUGCCUAUAUAAACCUUGACGAGAAAAUGCAAUUGUCAGAAAGCAUUACAUACAUUUGAUAUACGUACAAUACCUUCAAUGCACAACCUUCUUGAAACAAUGUCUAUAUUCCUGAAGGUUCACUAAAAUUUGAAUUACAAAUUUAUUAUAACGCGGAUAGCUAUAUAUCUUUUCAUUGAUCAUUUCUUCUGCGGCCUCAUUCCCUUUUCUACUAUUCGAAACUAGUUUACUGAUUUUUAAGACAUAAAAACGUCAACAACUAUAUUGACUACAAAUUUAACGUUUGAAUUCGACAAGCAAUUUAAUCCGUUGCAGUAUAUAUAUAACGUGUCCAAGACAAAUCUUUUUAUUUUCCGAAUACGUUAACUCUGAAACAAGUUUCGGACAAAUACAUGCUAAAUAGAAGCAAUGCAUCUAAUCGAAAAGUUCAUAAUUGUUCAUAGUAAAAGUAGUAAAUGUGUAAGAUAACGUAAGAAAUUAACGAGGGUAUUAAUGUUAAUGUUGCUAGAAGCAUGUACACUGAGAAUGCCUCGAUUUUUUAUUUCAUCGUAUGUAAUAUGUUUUAAUUUUAGCAGUACCGAAUUAGUUCUAUUAUUGAUUUUGCACUAGACCAUCGCUAUCAUUAACUUAUUAGUUCAAUAAUUCUUGUGUUUUAUUAAUAUUCUAUAUUUUAAAGAAUAUUAUUUUACAGCUGAACAAUAAAAAAAUUAUGCAAUAAUUUCCUUUAUUUACGUAUGCUUUUAGAAUAAACAUGUUAUACAUGCUUUACCUUAUUUGCAUUUUUUUUAUAGUGAUUUGUACAAUGUGUUUAAUAUUUAUUUACAUAUAUUCUAUUGCAAACAUUUUCAUUCUUAUAUUCUUAUACUUAUGCUAUGUAUUCCAUUAUACGUAAAAAUCGAAGUUUAACUCAUUUAUGAAAGUCAUCAAAAAUUCGUAAAGUACGUAUCUAGGAUUUGGUGUUGUUUGUUUUGCUUCUUACUUCUUACACAAGUGCAUAUGCUUCAUUGACAUAAAAAAAUGUCUUGUCGGAGACCACGAGAAAUUAAAGAUAUUAUACAACGAUGUGAAGAGCAUCAUUUAAACAUCUAUACUGCCGAAAACAUAAGCAGAGCGAAUUGUGUGUUUACAGUGUUUGGAAACAGGUGAUUUAAAUGCAUUGUUUCUUUGGAAAAGUUCUUCGAUUUAUUACAUGUGUCGUGUCAUCGUAACAGGAAAGAGAGAAGAUUUCAUGACAUAUGUAAAAAUUAAACGGAGAACAGUAUUUUCGUUCAGAUCGAGUAUUCAUGGAUCAUUGAUUACUCUUUUUGUGGUCAUCUGAUAAUUGAAAGUAUUUUGUCAUGUUAUAUAUUAUUUUGGAAAAUCGUACUAUAUCUAGCAAAUAAUAAUGAAACGAAUGUUAGAAACGAUUUCAGAAAUCAUUUACGUAGGGUAUGUGAAGCGAUUUUGUACAAAAAUAAAUUUUUAUAUAAGCAUAUAUAUUUAUAUUCUGUACAGUUUUAUUUGGACAUAACUAAACUCUCUUUUUAUAUAUGUAUAGGUUUCAUCGAUGCAUAUAAUGUUUACGCGAUUUUUAUACGACGGGCUCAAUAAUUUGUUUAUUGACAUUUUUCUUCUUAAUUGAACGAAAUAGGAAGCAGAGGACAUAGUGAUGGCAUAACGUAUUAACUAGGCGAAAUAUCAUGAUCCUCUGUGCAAGAAAAUUGUUGAACGAAAAAGAAAAGGAAAAAAAAUUGUAAUGUCAAUGAAAUAGUAUUGUCAUUGAAACUGUUCGUAAAUAAGCGCUCCAUGUAACAAUUAUUAUAUACAACUUUAUAAUUUUAUAUGUAUGCAUACAUAUACACAAUAUGCAUAAAUAUUAGAUAUUGUGUAAUUACCUAUACAUACAUAUACGUACGCAUAAACAUGUAUAUAUGAAUAUGUAUACGUUUAUAUGUAUACAUGUACAUAUAUCGUAUAUUCAGAGAUAUUACAGAAAGUAAUUUUAACUUU